AUGCCUGUAGAACACAGUCCCGGACAAGUUCCACCGCCAGGUUCUGUGACCAAUACUCAAUGCGCUCUUUGUAAACAAGAGAUAAAUAAUACCCAUCCCUGUUAUUUGUUGAAAUGCAAACACGUCUUUCAUAAGCUUUGCUUAGAAGGUUGGCUGGCAGAGCAUGAUAAUUGCUUCAUUUGUAACAAAACUAUUAACCAACCAGACCUGAAAUUAGUUGUUGGCAAUUGCUCGCCUGGACCCAAGCAAAGUACGACCAAUACUGCCCCUACGGGUCACAGAGUUAUGACUCGAAACCUUACUAAGGCUUUAAAUCAAGCUCCAGCAGCAACUGCUGCCGAAACACAAGACACUCGUGGUUUGGAUGCGAGUGCCGUAGCGUCAUCCGCCCUAGAUGCUAGUCAAAGCACCAACCAAGCUGAAGCUCCUCCUAGAGACACCGGCACUAGAAGGAGAGGUAGAACUACGCGAAACCGAAAUUCUCGUCAAGGUAACGCGGUUGACUACACAAUUUUACAAGAAAUGAUUGAACAAACUGUGACUAGAGUUAUGGCAAACUUUAACAUGGGCGUAAGCCAGAACGCUCAACCCAGUUCUAGCCCGACAUAUACCCAUGCUGUACCCAUACCUAUCCGUGACACUCCUGCUACGUUUGCAUCUUCUACGCUUAAUAGAAAGACAGCUGACACAAUGCAAAAGUGGAAUUUACACUUUGAUGGAUCCACGGAAGGCUUAGGAGUAGAAGAGUUUAUAUAUAGAGUCAAAUCAUUGACAGACGAAACCUUAGAUAGCGACUUCACUGCCAUGUGUAAGCACAUGCAUAUAUUGUUUUCUGGAAAAGCCCGAGACUGGUACUGGCGGUACCAUAAGCAAGUAGAUCGUAUAGUUUGGUCAGAUAUUUGUGCUUCUCUUCGGCAGCAAUAUAGGGACUAUCGCUCCGCUUUUAUGAGCAAAGAGAUGAUUAGGUCGCGUAAGCAAAAGCCUGGGGAAUCAUUUUCCUCUUUUUAUGAUGCCGUUGCAUCACUGAUUGAUAAGUCCAGCGUUAAAAUGGACGAAGAAGAGGUUAUGGAGAUUUUGAAAAACAAUUUGCUCCCUGAAACCCGCGAAAAGCUUUUGUAUCAGCCAGUACACUCAGUUGGACAUUUACGUAGGUUAGUAAACAUGAGUGAGAAUUUAGAAAAUGAGCUCCGUUGCCGUGCAGAAAGCGUUACCAAACCGAGACCGGCAGUCAAUCGCCGUCAAGUCUAUGCCCUUGAGGACGCUUGUCAUGAACCAACAGAAGAUGUAGAUAUUGGAGGAGAGUUAGCAGCUCUUCGUAGUAGCCACUCGAAAACCAAGUGUUGGAACUGUGAGGAGUUAGGUCACAUUUGGGAAAACUGUUUGUCAGAACGUCGUAUUUUUUGCUACGGAUGUGGCGCUCCGAAUGUCUAUAAGCCACAGUGCACAGCUUGUCUCCGAAAAUUAUCGGAAAACCGUCAAACGGGUGCAUCCAACGCCAACCGGAUGGGCCCGAAAGCUAACCAGAACGAUAUGCGCAGCUAUGCUGAAGUUUCGUUCUUGACGUAUAAAGAACUUGGUCUCUUGGAUACAGGAGCGAAUAUAAGCUGCAUCGGUUCCUCUCUUGCAACAGAAGAUUUUUCUAAGAUACCUGAAUUUAAACCUUUAAAAUCACGAGCUAGAACCGCAGAUGGUGAAGAACAGAAAAUUAUAGGAGUUCUUGACAUUCUUAUGACUUAUAAAACAGUCAAAAUGCCAAUGAAACUGUACGUUAUACCCUCCAUAAAACAGAACCUUAUUUUAGGUCAUGAUUUUUGGAGAACCUUCUCACUUGCACCGAACAUUAUUAGUUCUCUAGAUAACACUGUGGACUCAACUAGAACCACAGAAAACGUGUACCCUUUGAGUCAGCAGCAAAUUCAGCAGUUAGAAGUCGUUAAGGCUUUGUUUCCGAAUGCUACUAAAGCUUUAGGACGUACCACAUUUAUCCAACAUCAUAUAGAUGUAGGAGACGCAAAGCCUGUGAAACAGCGUUUCUACCCCGUAAGCCCGGCUGUAGAGAAAUUGCUUUAUAAAGAGAUCGAUCGUAUGCUCCAACUGGAUGUAAUUGAGCCGUCGGUCAGUGCUUGGAGUUCACCCAUGCGUCUCGUUGUGAAACCCAACAAAGUUCGACUUUGCUUGGAUGCCCGCAGACUUAACGAAGUCACAAAAAAGGACGCUUACCCUUUACCUAGUAUUGACGGAAUCUUUUCUAGACUACCUAGCGCUAAUAUAAUCACCAAACUGGACCUUAAAGAUGCAUAUUGGCAAAUUGAGCUCAGUCCUGACUCAAAGCCGUUGACCGCCUUUACGGUCCCGGGACGACCGCUUUAUCAAUUUAAGGUAAUGCCAUUUGGGCUAUGCAAUGCCCCGUCUACUAUGUGCCGCUUGAUGGAUGAAAUCAUUCCACCUGAUCUUCGACAUUGCGUUUUCGGUUAUCUCGAUGACCUUUGCAUUGUGUCGGAAGACUUUUUAUCACAUCUCGCUGUGUUAGUUCGUUUAGCGGAGAAAUUCCGCAAAGCAAAUUUGACCCUCAAUAUUGACAAAAGCCAAUUUUGUGUCACAAGCAUUAACUACCUAGGUUAUAUCAUUGGUAGCGGAGGUAUUCGUACAGACCCUGCUAAAGUGUCAUGCAUUUUAAACUGGCCCUCGCCUAAAAACUUGAAGCAAGUACGUGGAUUCAUUGGAGUUUGUGGAUGGUACCGUCGCUUCAUUCACAAUUUUGCCGACCUCACGUACCCAAUCACUGAAGUGUUAUCCUCAAAAAAGAAGUUUGUAUGGACACCAGAAGCUCAACAGGCGAUGGACAAAUUAAAACAAAUUUUGACAUCGGCCCCAGUUUUAUCAAACCCUGAUUUUGAAAAGAAAUUUUAUUUGCAUUGUGAUGCCAGCGAUUUUGGAAUUGGUGCGGUUCUGGUUCAAUUGUCCGACGACAGCGAAGAAAAGCCGAUAGCUUUUAUGUCCAAGAAAUUGAAUCGAGCUCAGCGCAACUAUAGCGUCACCGAGCGUGAAUGCUUAGCCGUAAUACUUGCUAUUGAAAAGUUCAGAUGUUACUUGGAACUACAAGAGUUCGAGGUAGUAACAGACCAUUCCAGCCUUCUUUGGCUAAUGCGGCAGCAGAACGUUUCGGGUAGACUUGCUCGAUGGAUAUUUCGCUUACAGCAAUUUAAAUUCGCUAUAUCCCAUCGCAAAGGAAAGGAACAUAUUGUUCCGGAUGCCUUAUCACGGCUAUGCGAAAAUGAAAUAUCAGAGUUAGAUAUGAGGCCGAUCAUAGAUCUUGAAUCAGACGCUUUUCAAGACGAGGGCUACGCAACCCUGAAAAACAAAUUUAGUGAAAACCCUGACAAAUUUCCUGAUAUGAAAAUUGUUGAUAAACUUUUGUAUAUCAGAACCGAACACGCUAUUGGCGAUGACCCCGAGGAUAAAUUCACGUGGAAGUUAUGGGUUCCAGAGAGGCUCAAAAACGAGGCCCUAAAGCAAGCUCAUGACAGCCUCACGUCUUCGCACGCAGGCAUACAAAAGACCAUCGAGAAACUACGUCGUUAUCUUUUCUGGCCUGGCUUAGCGAAGGAUGUACGCGAGUAUAUUCGACAAUGUGAAAUCUGUAAGGAGAAUAGAGCCCCCAAUGUCACGUUACGUCCUCCAAUGGGUGCUCAUAGCCCUACUUGUCGACCUUUCCAAAAGUUGUAUGUUGAUCUGCUAGGACCAUACCCUCGCAGUAAAAAUGGCCAUAUAGGUUUACUCAUUGUCCUUGACCAUUUUAGUAAGUACCACUGGCUUCAACCGCUAAAAAAGUUUACUUCCGCUGCUAUCCAAAAAUUCCUUCUUGAGAAUGUAUUUCAUAGCUUUGGAGUUCCUGAAACCGUUGUGAGCGAUAACGGAACCCAAUUCAAAGCUAAUGACUUCCAAGCCUUCCUAACCGAAUUAGGUAUCAAACAGGUGUUUACUGCUUUAUACUCGCCGCAGAGCAAUGCUGCCGAACGCGUAAAUCGUUCGUUAUUAGCCGCGAUUCGUUCGUAUUUGAAAAACGACCAGUCUGAAUGGGACUUACAUCUCUCAAGCAUAUCCUGUUCCUUGAGAUCUGCACUUCAUCAAUCGCUAGGAUGUUCACCGUAUCGAGCCUUAUUUGGUCUGGAUAUGAUUACUCAUGGGUCAGACUACAAACUACUGAAGGAGUUAUCAUUACUUGAAGAGCCCAUUGUACCCAUUUCCCGAUCCGACAACUUAGCGUUAUUGAGAAAAGAUAUACAAGCAAGCAUACGCAAGGCAUAUGACAAAAACGUUAAGCAAUAUAAUUUACGUUCAAAACCUGUAUCUUAUAAAGAAGGCCAAGAAGUAUACCGUCGCAACUUCGCUCUAA